UCCGCACACGGCAGCAGAGCCGCACACACACACACGCACACACACCACACACCCACUUUCUCCUCCGGUUACUUUUCAACCGUGUACAAACCACCCGGCGAGUCUCCUGCAGCCUGCAGCCGCGCCCGGCUCUAACAUGGCCAAGUCGAGUGAUCUGAAAAUCUUCCUUGAGUCGUCUUUGAACGAGAUCUUUAAAGCGACAGUGAGCGACAUCCUGGACUCAGUGGACCGGACCCUGUCCGAGUACCAGGGCACGAUACAGAGGAUCGAGUCUGAAAACGAGGGCCUGAAGCGGCUGCUGUUUGCACACAGGAGCACAGAGUCUGGUCCCAGAGAUAUUCGUGAACAAGAUGCCACUGAAAAGUUUUCGACUGCAGAAUGGAACAAUCGUCCCAUCAACACCACCCAGGGCUCGUUCAAGAUGUCCAUAUGCAGCAGUGACAAGAAGAGCUUCAGGAGGAAGCAGAAAGACAAGAUGAGGGGGAGCAUAUCCUCCGCCACCUUUUUACUGCAGACUGAUCACAUGGCAGAAAGACCAUGUGUGAACACAGCGGAGGUAGGUGUUUCCUCCCAGAGCUCGAUAUCUGUGAAAACAGAGCCCGGCCUGGAUGAAAGCGGUGCUAUUGACCUCUCCCAGCCUUCAUCCCUUCUCAAUCUGACAAUGAGGCCAAUAAAAAGCGAGGGCGCCGAGGUCAGUUUAGACAGUCACGAUGCAUAUGCACCUCUUUCGCCAUCUGCAGGCCUCGAACACGACUCCAGAGGCAGCAACAGUGAAGUUAAAGUCACCAUUGUUUCUGACAGUUAUAUGCAGGAUGGACAGUUCAUUAAGACAGAGGAGGAGGAGGAGGAGAAUGGCGUGUUGCAGUAUGGUGACGAGUUGAAGCAGGCGUUGAGGUAUUACCCCGAAUCAGAAAUUGAUCCCGAGGGAGCGAACAGACCGGUUGAAGUAGUGACGCACGAGGAAAACGAUACGCCUGCUGUUCCCGCAGAAGAGUUUUUGGAGGUUCGCGACAACUUUUUGCGUUGUCCCUCCUGCCCCAAAACAUUUAGUCGAGCGACCUCGCUCAACGUCCACAUCAAGACUCACAGCGGCGAGAAGGCCCACAGCUGCAGCUACUGCGGUAAGCGCUUUGGCCGGGCCGAUCUCCUCAAAUCUCACAAGCGCACCCAUACGGGAGAGAGACCCUACAGCUGCAACAUCUGCAGUAAAACGUACGCCCAUCCCAGUCAGCUCAGGAUACACAAACGCGUCCACACUGGUGAAAAGCCGUAUUCCUGCUCGCACUGCGGCAAGCGCUUCAACGAGCACAACCAACUCAAAGUCCACUUGCGGACUCACACCGGGGAGAGGCCUUACAGCUGCCAGGAGUGCGGCAAAACUUUCAGCAACGCGGGCAACCUGCGUAUACACGAGAGGAUCCACACUGGUGAGAAGCCGUACUGCUGCGCGCAGUGUGGGAAAAGGUUCAACGGCUUGGGCGACCUCAAAACACAUUACAGGAUUCACACUGGAGAGAGGCCCUACAGCUGUGAACUGUGUAAGAAGACCUUCAGCCAGGCGGGCCACCUCACCAUACACAUGCGGAUGCACACAGGAGAGAGACCGUACAGCUGCAAUGAGUGUGGCAAGAAGUUUACGGUGGCCAGCAGCCUUAAACUGCACCAGAGGACUCACACGGGGGAGAAGGAGUACAGCUGCUCGUACUGCAGCAAGAGCUUCAGCAGGUCAGGGCACCUGAAGAGACACGAACUGGUCCACACCAAAGAGAAGGUCUUCCUCUGCAGCCAGUGUGGAAAGACCUACACUGACCAGUCCUCCCUUAAAAAGCAUCUGAAGAUGCACGCAGCCAAGGAGCAGAAGGUUCAGAGCGAGGGAAGCACCAGCGAGGCUGAAACCAACCCAGCCCAGCCUUCAGCUCCUGAGACACUUUCAGACACUGAGAGAAAUUAAAAAGGAACAAAUUAUUAGAGAGGAAUAAUAUAAAAACUGAGAAUGAAUGCUGUGUGAUUUUACACAAUAAUCUUCAAUCAAAGUCCGCUUACUAGCCUUCUCAGCACUUUGAAACACAUGUCAGAGGGUAUUAUAAAGUGUUAAAGAGCAGGGUUUUUAGCGUCAGAUGAGCCUUUAAUUGGUUUCAUCUGUUUUAACGCAGGACUGUUUUUGGCCUACGUGCUGUGGCUAGCAGGUGGACCACGAGUUAAGAUUAUUUCGUCAAACUAUGUAUGUGAUGUUUGUGGUACAGUGCAAUACACUGUUGUCUAAUCUUUGCUGUGAUUUUUAGUAGGUCCAAAUAUUUAACAACACCAUAUGGUGGGCUAUUUAAUUUUGGUUGAUAAACUCCUAAUGUUGCUCCUAAAGAUGUCUCUCUCACGACAGUGUAAAGAGUUACAGUCAGAAAAUAAAAAAGAACCGCAGUUCUUUUGACCUUGCUGUAUGUUACCACAAUGUUUGUGGUAUGUUUUUUGAAAUGCUUUAAAGGAAAAGAAGAAAUAUUGAAUGCUGUGUGUGUCAGAGAAACACUGUAAGUUCCCCAUGGGGGGUCAGUAGAAAAUAAUAUAAUUGUUUUAGAAUUAAAAGGCUUCUACACACAUUUAUACAAUUUGUAGUAGCUGGAGGUUUAGAAAAGUGUGCUGAUUUAAGGUGAAGCUCCUUAAUAUAUUGCUGUAUAUAGCUUUAACUAUACAGUCAACUAUACAGUCAACAGUCUGAGCUAUUGAACUGACAAGAAUGUAUUUAUGUAAUAAUGUUACCGAAAAUAAUAUUACUGCAAAUACUCAGUAUCACUUGACCAGCUUUCAAUAGCAAACUAAUACUCAUUUUGCUAAUCUCAAAGAAUGUCGAGCUUCUAGAGGAUUUGUUUUAGGUUGUUCACUGUUCUACCAGGAAACUCAGACGAGUAAAAUGUCAUGUUAAUGAUGAUAGGGCUACUGUUUGUUGUGGCAAAUGGUUGAUAUGCCUGCACAGCAAUCUAUGUUUGUAAAGUGUUUGCUUGUAGAAAUGUAUUGUGACUUACUUUUGUGUGAUUUGUGUCUAAAUUAAAGAGAAAAGUUAA